AUGUCAACCAUCUUAAACGACAAAAUUCCACUUGAAAUCGACGACCCCUACAUAAAACAACAAAUCGAAUCCAUUGAACCAGACCUCGAACUGAGCAUUGACGAUCUUACUGAACCACAAAUUGUAAAAAAAGGGCAAAAGCCACCACGCCCUUCGAACGCAUGGAUUUUGUUUCAUAGAAAUUUCAAAGCUUGUAAAGGCCAAAAUCUAUCACCAAUAACAACAACAGUUGAGGCCUCUUUACACUGGAACGAACUACCAGAAAAUAAACGCCAUGCUUGGGCUUUGUUGGGGCAGAUUGCCGAGCAAAAACAUAGUCAGCUUUACCCGACGUAUCGGUACCAACCCAAUAAGUCUAAUAAAAAUGUUGAGGUAACUGGUAGAAAAAAACCAGGGCCAAAGAAAGGCUUUAAAAAGGACCCAUACAAUAAAAAUUAUUCUAAAUAUAUCAAUGUAUUUUCACGAAAUGAACAAAAAAGAAAGUCGGAUUCAUUAGGAGAUCAAAUUAAGGAUCCAGAACAAAUAGUUCAAAAUGCAUCCAAUAAUUUCGAUCAACAGGAUCUCAGCAAUGAACUAAAUUUCAAUGUCAUCCAACAAGAUCCGAUGAUCGAUAAUGAUGGUCUAUAUUACAGCCAUAUAACAACUGUAAAUGGGUUUUCAGAGAAUCUCUUUUCAGAAUUCGACCAUUCCUCUUCAUUCAUUUCCAACUCCAGUUCUUUUUAUGAACAUCCUGUUGUUGGCCCAUUAUCUUCAAUUACUGAUUUCGAUCCAGC